AUCCAGUUCCCAGCACAUUCCCCCCAAAAAUAUGUGAUGCCAUUGGAAAAGUAAAAAGCCUCUUGUAAGUCACGUUGGAAAAGCUCCACCCUGUUACUAAGUGACAGCUAAGUGGCCGUAGCUUUUUCCUGCAUCUCUAUAAUCAUCUGUGCGAGUCAACAUGGAACAUAUAAGAUAAGCGCAGGCGGCAGAAAAACACCCUGUGAUUUACACAAGAUCUCAGCUCUAAUGGAUUCACAUGGACGAGAGGUAAGGAAACGCAACUUUGCUCGCUCAAUAAUUUGUAGAUAAAGAUGUUUAAAGUCUCAAUAGAAACAUUCGAUCAUUUUGUCCUAAGUGGUGUCACUUUAGAUCAACUCAGUUGUUUAAAAGCGUGUAUAAUAUCGAUGUUUUUUCAUGAGUGCUUUUCCCCCCUCGUUAUAUAUUAGCAUCGUUAGCGAUGGACUUCAUAUUCAGAGGGCACAGUCCAUCUUUAUUGUUUGUGCCUUUUUGUUUAUGAUGUUUUUUGACUUUUGUGCUAUGCUUGCUGGCUCCGUUUUGCUCCUGACUUUGACUUUGAUCUCCAGACUAGAAUGGUUGUCCUAUUGUCACAAAGCCACAUUUUUGUGAUUUGAAAUGAUCCGACACAAAAUGCCAAAUUCUCGAGUGCUAUCAGAUGUUAUCUUCAACAGAUCCUAAAUAUUUGGUGAUCAAUCUCAAAGCAAGAAAAGCAUUUAAAGUCCAAAAUUGCAACCUCUGAACAGGUCGGCAUUUAUACUUUACAUCACAAAAACCUGAACAACUUCUAAGGAAAAUACAUCUCACCAGCGAUGAAUAAAAGUAUUCAUGUAUGGAGAUAGUUGCAGAAUUUGAAAUCAAACUGUUUUUGGUUGUAAAUGCUGACGUUCAACCACUGCUCUGUAAAAACAUACCCACAGUCAAGCAAGGUGGUGGCAACAUCAUGCUUCGGUGUUGUUUUCUCCAGCUGGAAGUUGAGAAGAGUUUGAGACAGCAGUCAGGUUUUGUCUAGAAAGCAAAAGAAAAAUAGCAAAAGUAAGAUACUCACUGACUGCCAACAAGUCAGACAAGAUGCAAGUGAACCAAAAGAACAAAGACAAGAUGAUGCAACAAAGAGCAUACAUAUAAACCCGCCCCUAACUUCAGGCCUGCUGGGUGAGAGGCCCGGCCCGAAAGUUGGCCGCAUUUGAUAUUUAUUUUGGCUUAAUCAGAAUUACUGCCUUCCAUUUACAAUUUGCUUGGAUGUGAUGUUAAUUGUGAACACAGCCAAAUCUCCUAUUAUAAGAGGGUGUGCACACUUGUGCAACCUCAUCCUGCUCAAAAAGAUUAGUUUUCCUUUUUGAGUUAGAGGUAUACGGCAUUCAUUUUAAUUUAUUUUUUAUUACUUGACAGGUUAUUGUUUUUCAUCACAAAAACCUGGCAUUUGAACAGGGGUGUGUAGACUUUUUAUACUCACUGUAUCUGAUCUGUUGCCAUCUACCAAUAGGAAGUUGCACGAAGAAGAAGUUGAGGACCUCAAGAAAAUCAAGACAAAAUGACCGCCGAGCCGAUCCUGAUGGCCAACCUUACGCAAGAAUGGGUGUCGAGCCUUCGACGGUGGCACCUGGAGCUCUUCUUCAUCCCUACCACUGUGGUCACCCUGGCUACCAUGUUGGUGAACACUGUCCUGUUGGCGUGCAUCUUGGCGUCUCGCGCCUUACGUCAGGAGACACGCUACCUCCUGGUGGCCAACACCUUGGCGGCUGACAUGCUGUUCCUCACCCUCAACCUGACCACGGCCGUUCUCAACGCGGUCCGAGCCGAGACGCCCUGGCUGGCGUGCGAGCUGGUCACGGCCGUCACCGUCACGGCCUACUGCUGCGCCAUCCUCACCGUAACCCUCAUGGUGGUGGACACCUACGCGGCCGUGCGCUGGCCACUGCACUACCACGACCUCCUCCCGCCCGCUCGAACUCACAGAAUCCUGCUGGGGGCGUGGGUUCUGGCGGCGAGCUACCCCUUCACGCUGGUCAUCCUGAUGGAGACAGCGAGGGAAAGCCUGCACGGGAACGCGGCCGUGUGCCUCGUCCUCAUCUCGCUGGGUUUCGUCCAGGUCAAGAACAUGGCGGGGAUUAACGUGUACUUCUUCGUGGCUGCUCUCAUCUGCGCCGUGCUGAUCUUCUACUGCUACGUUCGCCUCUAUAUGGAAACCAGAACCCAAGGCAUCUGGCACAGCCGCUUCUCCAGAGCUCGGGUGACCGUGUUGGCCCACGGGGUGCUGCUCCUCCUUUACUUCACCCCCGGCUUUGUCUUCACCCUGGAGCUGCUCCUGUUUCAGAGCAAAAAGGGCCUUUGCUCCUUACCUGUACGGGCUCCGCUACCGCCAGAUCUCCGACACGCUGCUGCAGCUGCUGCAUCGACACCGAAGACUCAGCCAGAUCACUGUCGUGUAAUCGCAUUUCCGUCCAAAACCCUUUCCCGAAAUCAGACUCAUUGUGUGUAUGUGUUAUUUGGAGGAAAUGGAUGCAGGUGGCAGAGCAGGACCUUAUGAAUCUUCCUCAGUGGUCGGCAGAGUACACUUUGAUACAUUCUUCAUGCAAGUUACAAGAACAGCUGCGGCUCUGAAGAAGCACACGAGUACUGGAUCUCUUAGCUUCAUGUGAUUUGGUCAUGCAUAGAUAUCUCAUGAGGGGUGAAGAAGGAUGGCAGCUUCAAUGUGGGUUUUAUUUGGGUUCAGAAUUGCUCGAGUGGUAAUAAAAGCAUGUCUUGAAAGUGAUAACAGUAAACAAAAAUCAUAUGAAAAGAAAUGUGAAUUUAAACUGCUCUACGCUCUUACCACCAGGUGGCAGUCUUUCUAUACAUGAGAUUGAAAACAACCUGCCAGGACAAGUUAGUGAUGCUUUCCAGCUAAAUCAAGGGGGGCGCGCCUCACUGUUCUGCUAUAGCCUAGGUGACUGAUUCACAAUUUGGUUUUGUCUGAUAUCAGAUAUUAAAUAAAGAAAGCCAACUGG